AUAAAGCUAUUCCCUUUAUUCUCUCCAUGCAAAAAAGGAAAAGAAAAAAAAAAGCUAUCCCCUUAUUGCAUAUAUAACAUAUACUAGUGUAUAAAAUAUACUAUCUACUAUAGAUGAUGCUUUUCUUCAGUCAAUCCCGUUCGGUGCUGCAUGUAUAUCGGCUUUUGCUUUUGGGCCAAGUGUAUAGUUCAAAAGAAAGGCAAAGGAAAUAGUAAAAUACAGUUGGAGGAAGUUAAAUUUAGGCGACAAGAUUGACUAGGAGGGAGACCUCGUAGCUUUAAAGGUUCCACUAAGACUGAAGAUGAUGACCGGACCGGAGGGGGAGGCUCCCUUUAACUUGCCGUCGACGCCAUCCCCCAUUCUUUCAACAAGACUGCGACAAGAAGUCUGAUGUUCUUGCAUUGUCAGGUGGAAAUAUUCUUCUGACCGAAUUAAAUUCUUGCAAAUUUCUUGUAUUGUUAACACUCGCUUGAUUGCUGUUAAGGGAAGGAAGAAAGAGACGCAAAUCAGCAGGAGCCAUGCAGAUGGACAGACGGCUCCUGAAAGCAGCCACAUCGGGUGACUCGGCGUCGAUGCAGGCCAUGGCUUCGCAGGAUCUAAGCAUUCUUCUCGGAACAACCCCGCAGGGGAACACUUGUCUCCACAUAUCCUCCAUCCAUGGCCACGAGGGGUUCUGCGUGGACGUGAUCGCACUAGAGGACUCCCUGCUCGCCCAGACCAACCUGGACGGCGAGACGCCGCUUGUCGCCGCCGUGAGAAGCGGCUCCGUGGCCGUGGCUUCCGCCUUGCUCGGACGCUACCGAGUGCGGCGGUUGAGCGAGGCCAUCUUGGAGAAAGACAAGGACGGAUGCAGUGCGCUCCACCAUGCCAUCUGCAGCGGCGACACGGAGCUCGCUCUGGAGCUGAUAGAAGCAGAGCCCGCCCUCUCCAAAGGUGUCAACAACUUCGGCGACUCGCCAAUGUACGUUGCUGCCGCCAGAGAUCUUACUAGCGUUGCCCUGAGACUGUUGGAGAUUGGCGAUUCUGAUCACGGGGGACAGUUCGGCUACAAUGCUCUCCAUUCAGCAGUCAGAAAUGGGAACUCAGUUAUCGUUAAAAGAAUCAUGGCCAAACGUCCUGGGCUGGCCAAAGAAGCUCACAAGCGUGGGUAUACUCCAAUGUGCACGGCCAUGUACCGUGACAAGAUCGACAUGCUACGGCUGCUGCUGGAGCAUGAUCCCGCUCUAGGGUAUGACAUGACGAGCGAUGGUUAUUCUCUCCUUCAGGUUGCUGCACACGCAGGUCAUGUUGCCACUGCACGCGAGCUGCUUAAGCACUGCCCAGAUGCUCCUUGCCGCGGAGCACGCGUUGAGCGUUGGACGUGCCUCCACACAUCCGUAUACUAUGGUCAUCUGGACUUUGUGAAAUUUGUCCUCGCAACGCCACAGCUUGGCAAACUGGUCAACAUGCAGGACAACAAAGGAAGAACUGCUCUGCAUCUCGCUGUGGAGAACUGUGAUCCAAAAGUGGUUGCUGCUUUACUGUCUCAUAAGGAUACACACACACAUGUGAUGAACAACAACGGCACGUCACCAGCUUGGGUAUUGUCAGGAAUCAUGCAUCGUGCCACGACGUUAAACUGGAAUGAAGUGAUGAUGCUUAUGCUGAGAGCUGAUCCCCAAAGUGCCCCUUCAGCUUAUAAUCUUCAUGUGCACACAACACGGCUGUUGACCGAUGCAUCACGGAUGGAUGCAAAGUCACUAACUAAAACAUACACAACCAACACCUCAUUAGUGGCGAUCCUCAUUACAACAAUCACCUUUGCCGCUGCUUUCACCCUCCCCGGAGGAUACAGCAGUGCUACUGGAAGCGAGGGACUUCCCAUCAUGUCUCAAAAGGCUGCAUUCAAGGCAUUCAUAAUCUCUGACACCUUAGCAAUGUGCUCUUCAUUUGUUGUCGCCUUUAUAUGCAUCGUAGCAAGGUGGAAGGAUUAUGAGUUCUUGAUCUAUUACAGAUCCUUCACUAGGAAGCUCAUGUGGUUUGCAUACGUGGCAACAACUACGGCCUUUUCAACUGGUUUAUACACAGUGCUGGCUCAACGUCUCCACUGGCUAUCCAUAUCAAUUUGUGUUUUGGUAGCUUUGUUGCCCAUUCUUACUAAGUUGCUGGGCGAAUGGCCUUACUUGAAGAUCAGAUUCGGCUUAGGUAGAACUUUCAGCUCCGAUCUCCUUGACAUGGUGUGACUGUGAUCUCAUCAAUUUCUCUUAGUGGUUCUGAUUUCUGAUAACAUACUGUAAUUUAUCUGUAAUAGAUAAAAUAUUGCCUGGCUACUUAUAUUGCAUUGCUAAUUUGCUUUGCUGGAAAAUGCAUGUAAGGUUGACUCUUGCUUUCCGCUAAAAAUAAUGCAGUUUAGAUGACAAACUGAACAGCUGAACCUAAGACCAACAGCUCACAUGGAUGUGUCCAUCAGCGUUGCAGCUGUGUUUUUUUAAUUCCGUUGUUAUUUGUCAGUUUCUCGUACAAACUCGAAUUUUGCAUGAUUGAAUGGUGUACUUCGACGAGCCUCACCAAAUCGCCCCUAAAUGCCCGGAUCGAACGGUCCGAACACAUUUAGGCCUUCAACGUUCUUUCCCAUUUUGAGCCGGACUAGUCCGAACGUCUGAAAUCGCCUAGGCCGAUCCUAAAUCAAGGGGUGUGUCUAGGUGUUGGCCCAGACCAUGUCACCGAGUACUUUCCGGCAACACGCGAUGACCGACGACGAACGACGAUGAUGAACAAAGCUCACUGACUAUCUUGGUUUCAGCCCCAAGACGGCAAGACGUGCGCAUACCGAGCUAGCACACGAGCUGACUACUUCCAGACGUGUACUACCUGCGAUUAGCCGAAGCUAAGCUAGCAACCAAAACGACUCCUUCACUUGAUCGAUUCUAGCCAAUACACACGUACGCACGCGAAACCAAUAUUGAUUGCCAACCGGUGCUUGUCGCUCCUGGCCUUUU